GUAAUCUGUGUGGUUGAGGUAGCACCUAGUCAAGGAGCGUUCUCUGGCCCUGAGGCUGGUAACCUUACCGGAUGUUAUAUCCCCAUUAAUGAUUAAAUUGAUUCUUUGUGUGCGUCUUCGUGUCACUCCUUCCAAUGGUAGCAGCGUUAGAGUUUGCAUUUGCUACAGUGCCAAGGAUGAUGUGCCUGCUGCCAAUCGCGCUGAUUUCCAUGCUUGUGCAGGUAUCCUUGCAACAAAGUGUUAACAAAGAUGACAGAACAGACGUCUCAUGCAGCCUUAAUUAUAUGCGCAUUGAAAUAGACAGAAAAUUUCUCAAUGCCUCCAAAUACUCUACAAUCAAUCUUCUGGAUUCCAAAUGUAAAGCAAGAUUAUCUAGCUCCAAAAUAAUCCUUGACACUCUGCCACACCUGUGUGGAUCAAAACGAAUUGAGACAAAGGACCAUAUCAUUUAUCAGAAUGAGGUCUACAUGAAGGCAAAACCAACUGGCAAACUUGUUACCAGGGAACAUGAUGUCAGAGUCUCGUUUUCGUGUCACUACAAGAAAACUGCUGUCCUAAGCCAGAAGUCUUUUGAUCCACAAACAAUUGUUGACGUAAAGGAAGAUGGCUUUGGUAUCUUUAAAUUCCAUUUGAAGAUGUACACAGAUGGAAAGUUCACAAAAGAGCAUUCCAAGUACCCAAUCGAAGCAACAUUAUCUGACACGUUGUUCUUUGAAGUGAACUCAACAUCUAAUGAUGACGAUUUGGUGAUACUAAUUGACCAGUGCUUUGCUACACCGUCAAUGCUCUACAAGAAAGACCCAACUAAAUAUGUUUUUAUUGAAGACAGAUGCCCUUUGGAAUCAAAUGUAAAAUUUCAAAAAGCAGGAUCCAAGAAGCAGCGUUUCAGUAUGCAAGCUUUUAGUUUCAUCAAAGAAGUGACAGAGGUAUAUGUCCAUUGCAUCGUUUUCAUGUGUCGAAAAUCUGCCAGUGAUGACCAGUGUGCACGAGGUUGCCAAGGAAACAAUGUAAACAGAUUCAAAAGAGAUCUGUCCUCCAAUAAGUUGAUGAAGUCUCACUCUGAAUACAAACUCUUGGACCUAGGCCCAUUGAGGCGCCGAAGAGACAGCGGAUCUGCUUCUCAGAAGUUUCCGUUUACAAUAGCAGGCCUAGUAGCUGGGCUUGCUGUUGUUGUUGCUCUUGUCGCUGUAGCAGCAGUUAAAAUACACAAAGCAAGAAACAGACGCUUGGCAGAGCACGUGGUCCUUGAGCCCAAAAUGCAGGAGAAGGAGGGUGCUGUCAUAUGCGAAGACGAGAACCUUUUGUAAUCUAAUACUGAAAAAUUUCAUAUGAGCUAUAACAAAAAUGUGAAAUUAAGCCUUUUAAAGUGAUUAAAAAUCAUAAAUUUUAUCAAUUAUCACAAAUCCUUCGGGACA